AUGUUCAAUGUCAUAUUUGUGGCCGUAAUCACUGGACCACUAAAUGUUGGUACUUUCCAGGAUAGGGAAAUUUUAGAAAUUAUUGAAAGAUUGCAAAACAAUGAUAAAAAUACUUUGGAAACAUUUGGUUUAGAUGAUGACAAAAUUUUACUUAAGGUUGUUGAGAAAUUGAGCUUGGAGAAAGACGCGGUAAAGAAUGAGGACGGAAUUGCAAAUGCGAAUCCAAAAAUGACAAUUGGGAAAUGUCCUUUUCCAAAAUCCAAAACCCCAACUAAACCAAAAUCUGUUCAGAAAACAGGAAUUGAGUGGUUUGAAAUCAUAGAGCCUUGCACCAAGGAAGAAAUCUAUGUAAAUAUGUUUACAGGCGAGUGUGUUUGGCAUCCACCAGCUGGAGCAUUAAUAAAAAAAUCUGAUGACACUCUUUGGUGGGAAAUUUUUGACCCAAACACUUCUCGCUUUUAUUACUACAACUCCAAAAGUCAGAAGACAAUGUGGCAGAAACCACAAAACAGUGAUGUGCUAUCCUUAUCAAAGCUUCAAGCUUUGAAACAGACUAUUAGUGAUACAGGUUGUGGUGAAGCUAAGAAGGAAUCUACUGCAACACAAACUACUACUAAAAUCAGCGCAAAAAAUCUUCAAAAAAAUCCCAUGUAUCAAAAGUGUGUUUCAACCCAAACAACACCAUCAAGUACUAGUCCAAGAAAUGAAAAAAUUCGACAUGGUUAUUCAUCCUUGUCAGAGCAUACUCUUUCAACGUAUUCUUACGACUCUGGGUGUUCUGGAGAUUCGAGUAUGGCUUCUCACAGUCACAGUUCAUUGGACAGCACAAACUACUGCUUUAAAAAAUUGGAGUUUUGUUCUGCUGAAAGUGUGGAUUCAACUUAUUUUCAAGAUCAGAACGUAUUGCAACCUCGCGUUUCUUGGCAAGAAUCAAAGCAAUGGGAAAAAAGAAAUACCAGCAUGGAUUUCAAGAAAGUGCCUUCUUCCGGAUCGGCACAAAGACCCAUGCUGAGUAACCUUGUGCCGGUUUGGCAGCAACAUUCUUUUGAAGGUUGGCGUGCCCCUUCAAGAACACCACCGAAGCAGCACAGCUUCGACUCCACCACUGCUACCAGGAGACACAUGUCGCAGCAGUUUUUCCAUACCAAAGGCAAAAGCUGCACCAACUUCAACAAUGUUGCCGAGCAGAAGAAGAGGUCCACUCCUCAGCAUUACAGAAAAGUUCACUCGAAGAACUCCCUGUCGUUUGAUUUGGAUCAAAUAAAACAUGCGUCCGGCUACACCCAUGAGAAUAAUUCUUCUUAUCGUCCGGAAGCUGUUGGAACACCUCUCGCGAGCAGAAGACAGUGGCUUGUUCGCAGUGCUCAGAAAUCGCAAAACGGGUUUCAUAAAUCCGAGAAUAUUGCUUCCAGCCCACAAAAUCCAUUGAUGCCCUUGGAAAAUUUGCAGUCCUUUAAAAGAAGCAAGGUCAAUGUCCACAUACCAAAAUAUGAACAUAAUGCCGUAUCUUAUAAGCAGCAGUCGUUGGACUUGCCAUUGAAUUGCUAUAAUACUCGUAAUGUUCAGAGAAAAGAAGAUAGGUACAUCCCUGAACUUAUACUCCCUCUGCCUAAACCGGUACAGCAUAAGACCAAGAUCUCGCCAGAUUUCAAAUUUGAUUCAUACUCUAAGCCUCUUUCCAGACAGCGAUAUUACAAUUCUUGCAAGCACAUUUAUGAAAAUGAUAUAAUAUGUACAACACCUGAAUAUAAUAUGCCAUGUUGUUACCAAGCUGAAAAUUACUUAUCCCCUCUGCAACAAUAUCUAAUGGAGCAAGCACAGAUAUCAGGCAAACUGACAGACUACAACGAUGAUAAAGAUUCCUUCUCGCAAAGUGAUGACUCUGAUGGUGCAAGAGAUGAUGAAGACCAUUUUGCUGAUGACGAGGGCAUGAGCCAUCAUGAUUCCUCAUCGUUAGAGUACCUUGACAAUUAUAGGUUCUUUGAAGGAGAUUAUGAGGAGCUUUUUUACCACCCACCAACUUUGCAUUCAUCUUACAGGAAAGGGAAAUCAGAUCUACAGUUAUCUUGCUCAAAGCCACUCAAUGGGCGUUCAGACCCACCAUUGUCUUCACCCGUUUUUUGCCACAGAGAUUCAAGUCAGCACCUGUUGCCAUCAUAUUAUGAUUCCAUUUGUGACAGAAGCGAUGAACACUUAGAAAGCAACACUGCUGAAGAAGAAGAAGAGGAGGAGAAAUCUUCAAAUGGUGAUAUUCAAAAAUAUGCUGAAGACAAUUUGAAUCGUCACACUAAGGGAAUAUUUCGUAAGAAAUUUUCCCUGCAAGAUAUGUUGUCUUGGUCCAAAGAUCCCAUUCGAAAACCAAUGAUAAUGACUACUGACAAAUCUUUGAAAAAAGAUGCCUGUGAAGUUUUCAAAUUGAUUCAAACCUAUAUGUUAGAUCACAAAGCCAAAAGUGGUCAAACGUACGAAGCUGUGGUUCUUGACAUUGCAACCAGAGGUUGGAACAAACCUGCGUUAAGAGAUGAGCUUUACAUUCAGAUUUGUAGACAAACCACUGAAAAUCCUAAAAGAGAAAGCUUGGUGUUAGGCUGGGAGCUAAUGGCAGUGUGCUUGACCUUUUUUCCGCCUUCUUCAAAAUUCCAACCAUACUUGGAAGGCUACAUUAAAAAACAUCAAAGUAGCAGUCUGGAUCCACCUGAUCUCAAAAUCAGCCAGUAUGCUUUAGUUUGCGGUAAAAGGUUGGAGCAAAUUUCUCAUAAAGGAGCUGCUAGAAGUUUAAGAAAACCAAAUGUAGAAGAAAUAGAGCAAUCCAGGGUGCAAAUCUUCCGACCCUCAAUGUUUGGCAACAGUCUGGAAGAAGUGAUGUCUCUUCAGAGGAAAAGAUAUCCCACAUAUCGUUUACCUUGGGUCCAGACAACAUUAUCUGAAGCAGUGUUGCAGCUAAAUGGAGCCCAAACUGAAGGAAUAUUUAGGGUUCCUGGCGAUGUGGAUGAAAUUAACUCCAUGAAGAUGAGAAUUGACCAAUGGGAAGUAAUGGAGUGUGAUGAUCCUCACGUUCCAGCAUCCUUACUCAAACAGUGGUACAGAGAAUUGUUUGAGCCGCUCAUUCCAGCUGAGUACUAUGAAGAAUGUAUUACCUUUUGCAAUGAUUCUGAAGCUUCAAUUCAGAUUGUUAAAAAUUUGCCCGAGCUGAAUAGAUUAGUUUUCUCGUAUCUUAUUCGGUUCCUACAAGUAUUUGCAGCUGAAGAAAAUUGUGCAGUAACAAAAAUGGAUGCAAAAAAUUUGGCUAUGGUGAUGGCUCCAAACUGUUUACGCUGCACAGCAGAAGAUCCCACCAUCAUCUUUGAGAAUACUCGCAAAGAAAUGGCUUUCAUUCAAACUCUUAUCCAACAUCUGAAUACAGGCUAUAUGGAAGGCAUCAUCUAAAUAUAUGUUAGUUGUUCACACUGUUUGUGGUCAUCUGUUUAAGAUGCCAAUUAGGUGCUUGAAAAAGACUCAAACCAUCUUAACAAUUAGAUUUCAACUUCUUAACAUCAAUUUUAAAUGCUGAGAUAUUUAUUGUAUUCUCAUAAAAAGGUAACUUUUCUUCCUUUUAGUGAUAGGGAUUUGAAUAAUUGAUUAAUAUAUAACUGGCUACCUGUGUGCCAUGCAUAAAAAUCAUAGAAAAUGUGUCAUUCCACAAAAUAAUAUUUUAAUACUACAGCUAAAAUCAAAAACUGCACCUAUUUCAAUCCUUUUCAUGUAGACUUUUUGUUUUCAAGCUCUCUAUGUGUCUUAAAUUCUUAUUUGUUAGUAGGGAAAUGUGGGGCAAAGUGAAAUAGUUUUUAUAACUUAUUUUUUUCAAAAUGAACAAAUUGCAAAUUUGCUUUGAAAAUUAUGGUACAUAAAGAAUGAAUAUUGUAAUUUACAAUAAAACUUCAUUUUUAACUUUUGCCACAAAAUUUGUACCUUCAAAAAAAAGUGGAAAAAUUUCACUCUUUUUUUUUUAGCCUACUUUCCCAGUAAAAGUCAGAAAAAGAAGAAAAAAACAUGAAAGAAGGCUUUAUGCAUCUUAAAAAUAUCGCGAAAAACAAAAAAAAAUGACAAAAAUAAACAAAAUAAUUAAAUAAAUAUCGAAAAAUUAAAAAUUGGAAAGUAGGGUAUUGAGAUGGGGGAAAAUGUGUCUGUCUGUCCCCCCCCCCCCCUAAUAACUUUUGAAUGAAUAGUCCGAUUUGAACAAACCUUUUUUUGUUCAAAAGAUCUCGGCAAGGACACCUCAUUCCCAUAUUUCACUUUUUGAUUUGAACUAUUUUUUGUUCAAUUUUGAACAGUUCAAAAAAAACUUAACAUUAGCGCCUACAGGGAAA